CUUAGGUCUCGCUACAAUUGCUGGUUUCGUGAAAGGAUUAACUACACGUGCUUCUGCAAAAAGCUGUUCUUGAUUCCCAUCAUAAAAUCUUUCCAUCAACUUUUCUUUAUCCCAUUUGAAGUGAUUAAGUAAAAUUCGGGUCGUGGUAGCAGGUAUCUAUGAAAGGUAGGAAUAUCAAUUAAAAACUUAAUGAUUAAAAUACAUUAAUUUAGGAAUAAAAUUUCUUCAUAUAAAAUGACUAUUUUUUCAAAACAGAAGAAUGUAUGUAGCUCACAUAACUCCUACAACCGGCCAUUUAAAAUAUAACUGUAAACGAUUUCUUUAUUUUUAGAAAUUAUUGUUUUAGAUAUAUUUAAAAUCCAGAAAUUUAUUUGAUAUGGCUUUAAUAUAUUGUCAGUCAAACUAUUUAUGAACUAAGAAUGAAUCUAAUAAAGAUAUCCAAAAUUUGAUGAACCGGGUGCUAUAUAUUGUUUUUGUAACUUCAGAAAAAUUAUCAUUAAAUUAAAGUGUCAAAAAUGACAAAAGGAGAUAAACAGAAAGUAACCUUGAUAGAACAAAGUAUAAAUAGUGUAUAGGAGUAAAAUGGCUUGGAUCUCCUAACCUCAUUCAAGGGCAUUUAAAAUACAUUACCUCUACAACUGUAUUAACUUCUUUAAUACAGUCUACCAUAUGCUGAACAAUUUCUUCUGUUGACAGAACUUCAAAAGGGUAAUCAUCUAUGUCAGGUUGUCUCUCUCUUGCACUGUUUCCAACGUCCAUCGCAAAAUCUACAUCGUCUCCACUAGAUUCGUUUCCUGAGUCGACUUCAUCAUACAAAGUCUCCUCCUCCGAAUCCAUAACUUAAAAUUUCAAAAAAAUAAGAAUUCGUUAAUACAGAGCUUCGUUAUCUCGCAGGAAACCCCUCAAAUUCCCAUUAAUUUAGAAAUAACACCUAAAUAACACUACUGGCACCUGCCAUAUAAACUGCCCUUACUAACAACACGUGACGUCAUCAGCAAAAUUGCAAGAAACUAGGAACUCAACCACAAGGACUCAAACCUUUGAUACAGAGAACUCAAUACGAUAACGGAGCUUAUCACGGAGGCACCCUUAUCAAAAAUUUGAAUUGAAUGUUUAUGUCACUUUACAAUGUUAAACUAUUCAGCCUUUUGUUUUACCACUUGAUUGAAUAAAUAUUUCUUAAAAAUGGCAAAAGCAAACCCUUCAAAAACGUUGGUUCUAAGUGAAUAUAGUUCUACUAGUUUAAUUGGAAAAGGCAGUUUCUCUGAGGUUUAUGAAGGUAUUCAUAAGGUAUCAGGAGAGAAGGUGGCCAUAAAAAUAAUUAGCAAAAAAAAUCUUACUAAAGGAAAAGUGGAUGUUAUUGUAUCGGAAAUAGAAAUUAUGAAGUUAUUGAACCAUUCAAAUAUUGUUAGAAUGUUGGAAUUCAAAUGGGAUGAAAAGAAUGUUUACUUAGUUCUUGAAUAUUGUGAAGGUGGAAAUUUAUCAGAGUAUAUAAAGAGGCUUAUUAGACUUCCUGAAGUUAUAUGUAGAAGAGCUAUACAGCAACUCGCAAUGGGGCUAGCAUACCUUCGUUUAAAAGAAAUCUCCCAUAUGGAUCUGAAACCAAAGAACCUCCUCAUAAAAUACAAACCCUUCACUCUGAAAAUUGCUGAUUUUGGACUGUCACAGUAUCUUUCCGAGCGUGCUUGUACAGAAAGUGUUCGAGGUUCUCCUCUCUAUAUGGCACCUGAAAUCAUUUUAAAGAAGAGGUACAACUAUAAAGUCGAUCUCUGGUCUGUGGGAGUAAUUCUCUAUGAAUGCAUAUAUGGUAAAGCUCCUUUUUCUGAUAAAACUUAUAAAGGUAUCACAGAGGCCAUGAUCCAUGAAACUCCGAUACAGUACUCUAAACGAGUAGCUGUUUCAGAAGAUUGUAUGAGUUUGUUGAAAGGUCUAUUGGUGUACGAUCCUAACAAUAGAAUGAACUUUGAUGACUUCUUCAACCAUCCAUUUGUCGAUGUAGUUCAUGCUCCAACAGAAGAAAACAAGAAACUUGCCAUUCAUAUACUUCACGAAGCGGUGAAAUAUGAUGAGCAGAAAAAGUAUCCUGAAGCUUUCAGCGCAUAUUGCCGUGCCUUGCGAUACAUGGUCCCCAUUUUACAUAGUUUAAAAGAAUCCUACAAAUGGACUAGUAUGCACCUGAAAGUUUCUCAGUGUUUAUCAAGAGCUGAGGAACUGAAGGUAACCUUAGCUCAAUAUAACAGUCAACAAGAAGAUAUCGAAGCCUGUUUAAAAAAUGAUAAGAAACAUCAGUCUAAAGACAUAGAGAAUCUAUUAGAAAAGAAUGCUCUACAUACUGGUCAGAUGGAUAUUAUAAACUGCAUAUCAUCUUCUUCUUUUGAACAUGGUACGAAAUUCUCAAUAUCAAGCACUUCUUCACAUAGUUUAUCAGGCAAACCUGAAAAUACAUCUACGAGCUCUAAAAGCAACCAAUCAGAAGUGACAUCGAAGGAAUCAUCGUCAUCAACUUCAAAUCCUGAAAUUGAAAGAAUUUUAACAGAUCAAGAUACUCCUGGCCUCAAGGACUUGUUCCAGUCUACUCCUAAAGUGUAUGAUGCUUUAGAGAUUGGAAUGACUGGGCAGAUGUACAUGGCAGAAGGGGACUAUGUGACAGCAUAUAACAAGUUCGAAGGAAGUUUGAAUGUCUUGAUCCCACAUAUAAAAACAGAACCUCCAGGUCUCAGAAAAGAUCUGCUCGUUCGCCAGGUUCAGUGGUGGUUGACACAAGCGGAAAGCGCUAAAGCUUUGGCUGCAGCAAGAGAUGUAGAUGCAGAAUGUAGUUUGAAACAAAAAAUAUUUGAAACUGCAGAUUGUUCAAUUCAGUGACCGGAGAAGUUCCUUAACCCUAGAUCUCAAUAUGAUUAAAAGAGGAUUAAAGUAUGUCUUAUUGUUGUAUUGUUUUUAUAUUUUUAUUUAUUGUACAAUUUCAA